GUCCCUUCCAAAUUCGCAGAAUUGUGUGUUCUUCUUCAUCCAAUCAUCAGCACAUAAGAGAUCAGCACUGCAGAAAUGGAUGCACCUUCACAGCAAGAGAUGUCAUACUAUGAUCACGUUAAGAGACGCCACGAGGACAAAGGCUGCCUCUAUGCCUUCUUCUUCGCUCUAUGUUGCUGCAGUGAAACUUGUGAGUGCUGUUGCCGCAGUGAAACUUGUGAGUUCUGUUGCCUCAGUGGAACUUGUGAGUGCUGUAUGCAGCUGUGUGCAGUGUUGCUGCUGUGCUUAGGUCACUAGUCCAAGGAAUGGAAGUACUUGUUCGAUCUAUGUUGCUGCUGUUGCUGCAGUGAAACUUGUAAGUGCUGUGUGCAGUGUUGCUGCUGUGCUUAGAUCACUAGUCCAGGAAAUGGAAGUAGUAUGAAGAUGAAAGUAAUUCCAUAAUUUCCAUGUUCCUUAAUUUUCCAAUUGUGUGAAGUCUCAUCAGCAUGUAAAAAGUUGGUUCUUUUUCAUGUUAUUUCUUUGAAA